CGGCUACGUCAGAUCCUGAACUUGAGCGCCAUUUUUUCCUCAAUCGGGGAAGAAAGGGACAAAAGCUGGACCAAAAAAUAACUUAUCUGCGGAGGGGGUUCGCUAACACAUACCGUGCUGCGUUCUUGUUCUUCCUACAGCGGUGUGUGUAGGCAGAGGAUGCUGCUCGGAUGAGUGUGUGUGUCUGCAGCUCUAGCAGCGGACGCAGCUUGUCGAUACACACACACACACACACACACACACACAUAUACAGUUGCGGGCCGGUGGAAGUGGAAAACGUUAACCGUGCUGGAGGUGGCACAGCGACAACUAACGUUAACCUGCACGGAAAAUUAGACGAGGCUUGUGAGAUAUAAUGUAUCAGGUUCCGGUGGGUAGUAUUGAGAAGAUCAGAAAGGCACGCAAGGCGGUGAAAAAUAUUCUUAGUGAGAUCGGCCUGGAAGAUUGCCAAAACCUGCUGAAGGACAUCAAUGAAAAGUCUGAGAAAAAAUCAGAUGAAGACGAGGUCUUUCAGGAAACUGAAUGGGUUGAUUUCACAGAUGGAUACAGUACAAGACAACAGAAAAAGUGGCCUUAUCGGUCUCGAUCUCUGUGCUGUAACCUGUGCAAGUACUCUUCACAAAACAUCUACAACUUCAGGAGUCACGUCUCUCGCUGCCAUGGAUAUGUUCAGUCAUACUGUGCACUGUCAUCCUGUUCUCGGUGCCUCUUUAUCGGCCACCCUAAGGUUGUCAAGAAGCACAUGCUGUUCUUCCACAGCAAACAUAUACAACCACCAAGAGAUCUCCCUCUACCUGUCCAUCGUGGAAAUGAGAGGUAUCAGUGUCGAAGAUGCGGAUUUCCAAACUCCUCUAUUUUUGCAAUGAAGAAGCAUAUUAUUCUAAAGCACCUAGAAAGCUUGGCAGAACAGUAUAUAGGUUACAGACUACACCUUCAAGGGACUACGUCUAUAAAGGUCUACUGCUGCAAAGUGUGCAAGGUGAACGCUGGAAAUCUAGACCAAAUGUUGCAUCACAUGCUGGUUGAACCAUCGCACUAUUCAGUCAGCACACAAGUGCAGAGCAUGAUUCAUGAGAACAAGAACUACACCAUUAAACCAACACCCAAUGGGAAUGGCGUGUUUGUGACAUUCCCGAGUAUUGCUCCUAAACCACAGCAACCUCAAAUGUUCAACAGUAAAUCCUUGGUUUUACCAAGUAAUGGCCAACCUGCUGGGACUGUGGUGGCAUUACAGCAACUACAAGGAACUACAAACAGUACCACUCUCAUCUGUGCCCCCGGAACCAAUCAGGCUUUUCUGCCCCCACAAGCAUCGGCGCUAGUGCAGCUAGCUAGCGCUGAGGCUAAAGGUUUGCUUCAGCCUGGUGCUACGAUAGCCCUCCGAAGUACUUUGCCCCAAGGACCAUCUAUGGUCCAGCUUCCCACGGUGUCUAAUGUGUCUCUGAAGCAGGCACCGGUGGCUCUAGCUCAGCCUCUGUUCCAACCACAACAGACUCCACAAGCGCAGCAAAUCCUUGUUCCAUCAGGACUGCAGGCCAACAUGGCUACUGGAACCGGGGCUGCGCCUAAGCCUGCUGUGGUUACACAAAAUGCAUCAACAAACCAAAUCACCCUACAAGGCACCAUGCUGACUUCACAGUCUCUGUUGAGUCACCUGAUCCCCACCGGAAACAAAGUGAACGGCAUGCCCACAUACACUUUUGCUCCCCUGCAACUAGCAAUGCCCAUUUCUCAGAGCACAAGUACUCCUCUUAAGGCUGUUGAGCAAACAAGUAACUCCUUACCACAAACCAAGAAAUGGAUUACCUGUCUUCUCUGCAAUGAACUUUUCCCCUCCAAUGUCUUUGACAUGCACACAGAGGUUGCUCACCAGACAAAAUCACCCACAUCCAAGUCAGAGAGUGUGGCAGCACGAGCGGCAUUCCUAAAGAAAAUGCCUGACAAAACUGUCAAAUGUCUAACAUGCAAAAUUCUUCUAUCAGAAAAGAGCGUCUUCCAACACCUGUUGCACGGUCUGAAUUGUUUGUACUGCUCAGCAUUGUUCUUCUCAAUCAAACAGCUCGCUGAGCAUGUAAAACAGCACAACCCCACAAGCAAGGCAUACUGUGAUUUCCUGAGGCAGAAGUACAGGGUCUAUUCUAAAGGCAUUGGCGGAAUCCUAUUCCCGUACUUUGACGUCCACACCACUGCACCAAAAGAGGUCCUCGGAGACACGGAGGUUAAUCUCGCCCUGGUCACAAAUUCCCUCGACUUGAUCUUCUUCAAGUUGCAGCCCAGCAGCCAGCCAGAAAUCUGCCCCGCACCUGUGAAAAUCAACAGUGCGUACUGUCCCUUCUGUGAUGAGAAGUUUGAGAACAAAUCCAAACACCUCCAGCACCUGAAACAGAAACACUUUGUAGCACCCACCAUUCAUGCCAUCCUCAAGACAGAGGCUUUCAAGUGCAUAUACUGCAACGGUGUUUACACAGGAAAGGUCACUCAGCAGGCCGUGAUGCUCCACAUUCAGCGAUGCCGGUGUUCACCAAAACAACCACAGCCACCCCCGAAACCUGCAGCUGCAGCAGCAGCAGCAGCAGCAGCAGCAGCAACCGCAGCACCACCACCACCACCACCACCACCUCCUCCACCUCCACCUCCACCUCCACCUCCUCAGCAGCCUCCAAAACCAGUUCAGCAGCUCAGUCAGCCAUCCGGACUUUACUUUCUCCAAGUGCCACAAGGGCUGACUAUGAAACAGACUUUAGCUCCAGCUCGAGUGAUCCAGCCUGCGCCCAGACCAGAACCUCAAGAAUCAGAGGCUGAGAUGCAGUCUAAGAAGAGGCUGGAGGCUGCACUGAGGCAGGUCAUCGAGGACAACAAACGAGAAAGGGAAGAAAGGGCGGCCAUACGCAAGAGGCGAGAGCAGGAGAAGAUGUUACCCCCGCCGGAGCCCGAGGUCCCAAGCGACCCUGCGGUGAAGCUGCUGCUAGAGCCCACCCCGACUGAGCGGCGCUGCAAUGAGGAGCGCAGAGACUUCAUAUCGAAAUACUUCAACCUGAACCCCUACGCAACCAAAGCCGAGACCGACGAGCUGUGCAAGAGGCUGGGCCUCACCAAGGCGGAGCUGGCGGCCCACUUCAGCAAGAAGCGCAGCAAGUGCAUGAAGAGCCUCAAGAGGAACUCUGCCUCUAUUCUCCUCGGCUUCAACAUGACUGAAUUGCGCAAACUUAAGCACAGCCUUAUCGUGCCGGAACAGCAGCCCGCAGAGCAGCCCCCUGCCGACACAACAGAGCAGAUGGAAAACAGUGAAGAUGGACCAGAACCUAUGGACGAAAGUGGAAAUGAGAAAGUUAUGAAUGAGGUGGAACAGAUGCAGUGAGUUCAGAAAUGUGUGAAAAUGGUAUGAUUGGGAAAAAAAAACUCAAACACAGAUUACCCUUAUUUAAAAACAGAAGAAAACCCUGAUAGUAAUGGCCUUUAUGUUGACAGUCACUGGAGAAGUUUAUCAUGCUGUGGAUACAAUGUAUUUCCUAACACACACCUGUUCCUGAGGGCAGUUUCCUAAUGUAGCCUUCAUCAAUAGUGCUUCAUUUGACUGCAGUAUGUUGUUAGUGGCCCACAUCCUAAUUUCCACAUAAAUGCAGAGCCAUGUUGUGAUGCUCCCUAAUAUAAUAUAUAAAUAUAAUAAUUAUGGUUCAGACUGUUGAGCUGCAGCAGUACUUAGCUGGUUACGAUCUCACUCAACCAUGGCUACUGACUUAGACACAAGCACUCAUUUGCGAAUGGUAGCUGCUUUUUUGCACCCUUUAUUUAAACCUGUUUGUAAAAAAAAUUGUGAUUUCAUUUCUUGUCUGCUAAUAUUAAGACUUUAGUGCAUAUCUCAAUAUAAAAUUGAGUCAUUAUAUUAUGCUCUCCUUUUUCCCUUUUUUUUUUAAAAAAAAGAAACAUUUGGACCUAUUUCUGUCACGUGCACGGCUUUGUUAUUUUGUUUGCUCUCUCAUGUUUUUUUUUCACACUGUUUCACUCUAUGUAUUGAAAAAGUUAAAGGGGAAACAUCUCUUGCUCAUCAGCUCCCACAGACCGUUUAGGUGGAUGUUCAUCUUGCAGUUUUGAAGCCAAAUUGUUACGAAUGUAUAAAUGUUUGACUUAUAAAGUUGCUGGAUUCGCAGAAUUACUGAACACUUGGUUAUUAUAAAGCUCUCUUGACCACGUUGCUUGCAUGAGCCUUUGUUUCACUGUCAGACAAAAUUAUGAUUUGUGCCAUUGUGAAUUCGACAUAUUCGCAUAGACUUGUGGAAGUUUAACUUAUAGAUCCAACGAAACAUAAAACAUGUUAUUGGGUGUUGAUUCUGUCACCAUACAUCUUCUGUUCUCCUGACAGCUGUUUUUUUGUACUACACUUGUAUUUUCUAUAGAGGAUCAAAACUGAUGGGGGAGGUAAAAAUUCUCAUUCUGUCCAAGACCACUGUGUUGUAAAGAAUAAAGUGGUUUCCUUUUAUGGAAAUGA